AUGGGCUCAGAGCAACAUAGAUUUCCUCAGCAGGAACAGAGGAAAAGGUGGGGAGGUUGCUUAGGAGUGUUCUCUUGUUUUAAGUCACAGAAAGGUGGAAAACGGAUUGUACCCGCUUCUCGGGUUCCCGAAGGUGGCAAUGUCUCAGCUUCACAGCCUAAUGGAGCUCAUCAAGCUGGUGUCUUAACUAACCAAGCUACAGGAGGAGUUAACUUGUCUCUUUUGGCUCCACCGUCAUCUCCUGCUUCCUUCACCAAUUCUGCUCUUCCUUCAACCGCGCAGUCGCCUAACUGCUACUUGUCUCUGUCUGCAAACUCGCCCGGAGGUCCUUCAUCGAGUAUGUAUGCUACUGGACCGUAUGCACAUGAGACUCAGUUGGUGUCACCGCCUGUUUUCUCUACUUUCACUACUGAGCCGUCUACUGCUCCUUUCACUCCUCCUCCAGAGCUUGCGCAUCUGACUACUCCUUCUUCACCCGAUGUGCCUUAUGCUCGGUUCUUGACUUCCUCCAUGGAUCUCAAGAACUCUGGUAAAGGUCAUUACAAUGUUCCAAACGACCUUCAGUCUACUUAUUCUCUUUAUCCUGGAAGUCCAGCCAGCACGCUUAGAUCACCAAUCUCUCGGACUUCAGGAGACGGGUUAUUGUCUCCUCAGAACGGUAAAUGCUCAAGGAGUGAUUCUGGAAACACAUUUGGCUACGAUACAAAUGGAGUCUCGACACCUUUGCAGGAGUCAAACUUCUUCUGUCCUGCAACUUUUGCCAAGUUUUAUCUGGAUCACGACCCUUCGGUUCCUCAGAACGGUGGAAGAUUAAGCGUGUCCAAGGAUUCAGAUGUGUAUCCAUCAAAUGGAUAUGGAAACGGGAACCAGAAUAGGCAAACGAGAAGUCCAAAGCAAGACAUGGAAGAGUUAGAAGCUUACAGGGCUUCCUUUGGGUUUAGUGCAGAUGAAAUCAUCACAACUAGUCAGUAUGUAGAGAUCACUGACGUGAUGGAUGAUUCUUAUAACACCUCGGCGUACUCUCCAAGCGAUGGACAAAAGCUGCUAAGAAGAGAAGCGAAUUUGCUGAGUCAAAAGAGCUCGAUAUCAGAACCUGAUCUUGAUUCACAAGUUGUAGACUUCCAUUCACCAAAGUCAUCAUCAAAUGGUUACAAAGAUCACAAACCAAGAAACCGUAUCCACGCUGAUGAAGAGGCUUUGUUAUCCAGAGUAGGCUCAGUGAAAGGAAGCAGAAGCUAUCCGACUGGUUUCUCAAGCUCUGAUGCAGAGAUCGAAUAUCGAAGAGGAAGAAGCAUAAGAGAAGGCAGAGAGAACAGACACAGGAUAGGCUGA